GCCGCCCCGCGCCUGCCUGGGGGCGGGAGGGGAGGUGCCGCUGUGCGGUUCGCGGCCGCCGCCCCGGCGCACCGUAUGUAAACAGUCCCGGCGGGCGGCGGCGGCUGAGGAGCGGGCGACCGUGAGAGGCGGCUGAGGCGCGAAGGCUGAGGAGCGGGCGGCUGAGGAGCGCGGCCGGGAGCGGCGGCUGAGGCGCGAAGGCUGAGGAGCGGGCGGCUGAGGAGCGCGGCCGGGAGCGGCGGCUGAGGCGCGCAGGCUGAGGAGCGGGCGGCUGAGGAGCGCGGCCGGGAGCGGCGGCUGAGGAGCGGCGGCUGAGGAACGGGCGGCUGAGGCGCGAAGGCUGAGACGCGGGCGGCCGGGAGCGGCGGCUGAGGCGUGGCGGCGGCGGGAUGGCUUUCCAGCGGCUGGCCGAGGCGGCGGAGCGAUGGUGCGCCAGGACGCCGUUCGAGCUGAUCGCGGCGGAGGACAGCGAGCGCCGCCUGGACUUCUACGCCGACCCCGGCGUCUCCUUCUACGUGCUGUGCCCCGACGCGGGCUGCGGGGAUACCUUCCACGUGUGGAGCGAGAGCGAGGACUGCCUGCCUUUCUUGCAGCUAGCACAGGACUACAUCUCCGCCUGUGGGAAGAAGACUCUCCAGGAAGUCUUGGAAAAAGUCUUCAAGUCUUUCAGACCUUUACUGGGCCUUCCGGAUGCAGAUGACGACGCCUUUGAAGAGUACAGUGCAGAUGUGGAAGACGAAGAGCCAGAGGCUGACCACCCCCAAAUGAGAGUCAGUCAGCAGUGAACUCCAGGGGGCUCCCACCUGAGAAUGAGCCCGAGUCCCAGAGUGGGGGUCAUGAGCUCCUGGGUUAGCUUUUUGUAUUAGCACUUCAAAACAGGACACCUGACUACCAACAGAAACACCUUUUUUUUUUCCCCAACAGCCACAACAUAUCUGGGAUGAGCUUUGUUCAAAAGUGACCUGAAUUUUACUCCCGUUUGAGUGGGUUUCUAUGGAGUUGUGUUGGUAGCCUUUGCCAUUUUUGAAUUUAGAGUCCAUUUUAUGGCUAACUUCUCUCCUGAGUUUAUGUUGGAGACGACAUUCACUGACUCACAUGUAGAGAACUCUGAAUGUAUUAAGGGUAUAUUUUGAAGGAAAGCAUGGCAGAGAAGAAAUGCAAUCUGCACUUUUUUUUAUGUGUCCAUAAGUGAAAGGUUUUGCCUAUAAAGUAUGAGUUUAUGUCUAGUCAUUAAACUGCACAAGUGCAAACCCAAGGCAGGAGAGGGUAGUCAGUCACUAAGCUUGGGUGGAGAGGGUCAGAGAGGCAAGAAAGUUCUCCUGAAGUCUUCUGCCGUCAUUAAGUUAUGUGAGUGUGUAGUGGCUGGCUCAUGGUCAGGUUGAAACACUACUUGCAUGUUCACUUGUCUGAAAACAUGCUGAUUCCAAAGCCACUUUCAAAGUCUAAGAAAGUAUAAAUGGGAUGAAAAGCGUA